GUUCAGAACACUCAAUGUCGGAACGUUCCGAAGAUGACGUCGGAGCGUUCUCGAAUCCCGUGUCUCUCGGCUGCUGCUGCCGAAGGAACAGGGAAAAAGCAACAAGAAGGAAGAGCAAUGGCGACACUGGAUCGCAAAGUGCCCAGUCCGGAGGCGUUUCUGGGCAAACCCUGGUCCUCCUGGAUCGACGCCGCCAAAUUACACUGCUCCGACAAUGUAGAUUUAGAAGAGGCUGGAAAAGAGGGUGGAAAAAGCAGGGAGGUUAUGAGGCUUAAUAAAGAAGAUAUGCACUUAUUUGGCCAUUAUCCAGCACAUGACGACUUCUAUCUCGUAGUGUGCAGUGCCUGUAAUCAGGUCGUCAAGCCACAGGUGUUCCAGUCGCACUGCGGGAGAAAGCAAGACAACAAGAGAAAUGAAGGCACCUCCAGGAAUGGACCGGAGAACAGCCAAGCCAUAGAGAAAAAGCAGGUGUGAGAACGGACAAUGCAGAAGAUAGACACACUUCUGAAAGAUCUGGGAGGACUGGCGUUGUCUGCAGAAGGCUUCCCGGAAGAGGAGACUCCAGCAGAGCCCUGAAGUGUGGACAAGCUCCCAUGUACUGCAAACUCGUGAGCACACUCUGGUGACAGGGUUUAGGGAGCACGUGGGCUUGAGCAGAGCAGGGGGCCCCUGUGGGAUUCUUCUCUCCAUCUCCACCACCACCACCCUGGCCCCAGCUGUCAUCACUUCUCGCCUGGACAACUACAAAAACCUUCCAGCUGUUUUCCCUGCUUCCGCUCUUGCUCCUCUACAAUCCAUUCUGCACACAGAAGUCAGAAUCAAAAUCAAAGUUAAUCGUAUCACUCUCUUGACUUGUGGCUUCCCAUUGCUCUUAAGCUAAAAGUAAAAAUCAUUAUCGUGGCUACAAAGUCUUAUGUGGUCUGAACCACAUCCUAUGUCCGCCUCCCUUUCACUCACUAUAUGCCAGUCAAGCUGGCCUUGAAAAUUUCAGCACACUGGGUCUUCCUGCCACAGGGCCCUUGCACAUGCUUUUCAUUCUCUGUGUAUGAUUUUCUUCCAUCUCUUCCCAAAGCUAACUCUGACUCAUCCUUCAGAAUGCAUCUUAAUGAUUACUUCCUCCUGGAAGAAUUCCCUAAUAUUCAUAACUAGGUCAGCUCUCCCUCAUACCUUGAAAACAUGUGUUUAUUGUGUGAACAUAUGAUUAAUGUCUGUCUUCCCCACUAGACCACAAGCUGUAUGAGGUCAGGGACCCAGUCUUGGCAUCCCUCAGAGCCUAGCACUGUCUCGAUAAAUAUGGAUUGACUGGAUUGUGACAUUUAAUUAGGAACAAUGAGACUAGUCAAGAAAUUACACUAGACUAGUAUGUAAGAGAAUGCCGUUAUGAAUUCUUACUGGGAUGAAAUGUCCAGACUACUGAAUUCAUGUCUAGACUCUGCCACCUGCUGGCUGUGCUGUUGUAAAUAAAUCACAGAUCCUCUCAGA